AUGUUUAUUCUGUUUAUAGUGACAAGCCUAAUGCAUUUUGUUUGUGGCACCACUUAUGUAACCACCAAUAGUCACAUUGAGAUGCCAACAUAUCAGAAACGACCGUUAAGCGAACAAAUGGAGAUGAUUGAUAUCCUGGAUUUGGGUGACCGACCGCGACGACAGGCGGAGCCCAAUCUGCACAAUUCUGCGUCGAAAUUCCUGCUGGAGGUGUACAAUGAGAUUAGCGAGGACCAGGAACCCAAAGAGGUCCUGCAUCGGCGCCACAAACGCUCACUGGACGAUGACAUCCUGAUUUCCAACGAGGAUCGACAAGAGAUUGCCAGUUGCAAUAGCAUCCUGACCUUUUCGAGUCGAGUGAAGCCCGAGGAAACGGGUAACGAACUGGAUAUGCACGUAACCUUCAAUACCAACGAUGUGCCAGUGGAUUUGACUUUGGUGCAGGCCAUGCUCCGGAUAUACAAACAGCCCAGUUUGGUGGAAAGGAGAGAGAACAUCACGGUUUCGGUGUACAGAAAAUUGGACAACCGUCAGGAAUAUUCCUAUCGCAUCCUGGGCUCCGUGAACACCACAUCCAGUCAGCGUGGCUGGCUAGAGUUCAAUUUGACCGAAACUCUGAGAAUGUGGUUAGCCCAUAAGGGUUUGCCACGGCGCAAUGAGCUGAGGAUCUCGAUAGGCGACUCCCAGCUGAGCACCUUUGGAGCCGGAUUGGUGGCUCCUCAGGCCAGUCGCUCCAACUUGGAACCCUUCAUCGUGGGCUAUUUCAAUGGGCCCGAGCUCUUGGUCAAAAUACAGAAGCUUCGUUUCAAGAGGGAUUUGGAAAAGCGUCGGGCAGGUGGUCACACACAACCUCCUCAGCCGCCGCCGCCACCCGUGGAUUUGUACAGGCCCCCACAAUCCUGCGAGCGACUCAAUUUCACCGUGAACUUUAAGGAGCUGCAGAUGCACAACUGGGUGAUUGCACCCAAAAAGUUCGAGGCUUACUUCUGCGGAGGCGGUUGCAACUUCCCGCUGGGCACCAAAAUGAAUGCCACCAACCAUGCCAUCGUCCAAACGCUGAUGCACCUGAAGCAGCCGCAUCUGCCCAAGCCCUGCUGUGUGCCCACUGUUUUGGGAGCCAUCACCAUACUGAGGUACCUCAACGAGGACAUUAUCGACCUGACCAAGUACCAAAAGGCAGUGGCCAAGGAGUGUGGUUGCCAUUAAAUAGCAUUAUA